AUGAUUGCCAACAAUAUGACCUCUCAACCACAAGCUACCAACACCAUGUCUCCAAACUUGGUCUCGGAUUCGCACUCCACCCAAGAGCCUCAAACCGAGAAUGUCGUACAACCUACUGGCUGGGUCAGUUCUCAAUUGUUACGACUUCGUGGCGGUGGCCAUCAUCCUAUCGCUGAAUGCUGCUGCUGCAUCUGUAUUUGCAUCGGUAUUGAAGAGAUUUGCUGCAUCGAAGCUCUCAACGGUUGCUUAGGAAAUUGA